CGGAAGCGUGCGGAGAAAGCGAGAGCGUGCGCGUGCGUGUGCGCGUGCUUGCUUUAUUCCCUCCUGCAGCUGCCUUGUUGGGGAGACCUGCUUGGAAAGGACCCCAUGUCUGAGCCGGGGCCCCCCACGCAGACGGAGUACGCUCUGCGCCGGCGCUUGCCACGCCGCCUCCCUCGCCGGCGCAGCGACAUCUACAUCAACAUGAAGACAGACUUCAAGGCGCAGCUGAGCCGAUGCCAGAAGCUUCUUGCACCCGGCAGUGGCUGUCCUGAGAUCUGCAUCCACGGCCUGGGGCUGGCCAUCAACCGCGCCAUCAACAUCGCCCUGCAGCUAGAGGCCACCGGCAGCGGGUCCCUGUGCCUGGCUGCCAACACGUCCACCGUGGAGCUGGCCGACGUGGCCGAGCCGGAAGGGGACAGCGACGAGCCGCUGGCCAGAACCCGGAACAACUCCGCCAUCCACAUCCGGGUCUGCCGCGUCGCCCCGGAGUAGCCGCCGGUCCAAACCUCGGUGUCCCUGGGUGAGGAAGAGAGUCUUUGCUUCCAGGAAACGACUCGCGUCGCUCGAAUCCCGGGGUCCUGUGUUAUAUAGGAGUGACUGGGGGAUCCCCGCCUUUUCAAACUGGUUUAGUCUUUGCUGGCUGGACUGGGCACAAGGUUUGCAGUUUCUCCGUACACGGAACACACAAUUCUCCAUCUCGCGUGACCAAACACCAGCGCUGAAUUAGAGCCUCGUUUCUCGCCCUUUUCUGGCUAAAUUGGAACACUGUUCUCCAGGACAAAUGUUGCUGGCCUUGGCCGAGUGUGGACUUUUCUCUGUGGGAAUCGGAACCACCCUACAGCAGAAGUGGGACCUGCAGUGGACACAGACGGUUUCCCCCCCAGCCUGAAAACCAAAUUGUUACCUAAGUGGGGCUUGCAUUUUCACUUGUACGCAAGAAGGAUCCUUAGAGGCCUGGCGUUGCAGGCUGACUUCCUUAAUGCUGUGACGUCUGCAGGGUGUUUCUUCCAAACGUUUCAGUGUGUAUGUGUGUCUUGUGGCGUUUUGGAGUGUAUUUUUUGCUUGGAUCUGGGGAAUAAACCCUUGUUUUACCAGGAGGGA